AUGGCGACCGAGAAGCUUGUUGCCGUCCAGCUGAAGGAGGACUGGACACGGGAGAAAGCAUCGCUCGCAUUUACCUUCCAUCCCAGCACUCAAAUGUUUCGAGAAGUCAAGAAGAACACCAUGGCGUGGCUCCAUAUUGGCCAGAAGACCGACGGGCACCAUGGGAAAGAGUGGGUUACCAUCACACCCCUCAGGAUGACACCUGAUGGGCUCAUCGAUAUGUUCCCUGGCGAUCAUCCCGGCGUCAAUGUUCCAUUUCAGAUUCUUUGUAUCGCACUCCGCGUCAACAAGUUUUGGGGGAACGGCGAUCCCGCAUUUUCUAGGGCCAAUCGCAUCUACCGCACGUCGGUCUUCCUCGAGAACACAAUGCUGAUGUGCGAGAACCUGAGCACCCCUUUACCAGAUCUGAUCGUGGUAAAGAGAGUUACUUUCAAUAUCCGGGAAGGCUUUACAAUAUCACCCACCUCCCACAUGAUUCACCGCAACUAUGUGGACUUUGGCUAUCAAAAGGCCGAUAACUACCUCAACAAUCGCACCAGCGUGAAGCGGAGCGCAAGUCAGAUGAACUAG